CCUGGCGGUGAGAUUUGGGACGUGGCCCGGCUUUUGUUCUUUUCUUUUUGUUCUAGUGCACUUGAGUAGAAGGAGAUUCGGGAUCGAGCCCACCGUGUGCUGGUCAGAGAGAGAGAGAGACACAGACAGAGGAAUAGAAAGAGAGAGACGGGGGAGGAGGGGUUCUUCCUCAGCUCAGAGUAAUGGCGGCCUCCGUGUACAGCUCGCGCACUCUGAGCAAGGACGAUGGACGGUACCGGACACAUUUCCGCAUGAUCAACGAGCAGCAGGUGGAGGACAUCACCAUCGAGUUCUUCUACAAACCCCACACCAUCAGCCUGCUGACCUGCACCGUGCUCAGCCUCAUGUACUUCGCCUUCACGCGGGAUGACGGGAAUCAAGAUAGCAAUCUGCGUGUAGGUCUCAUUGUAAUCGUCUCCUUUUUCUCAGUCAUCAGCGUCCUCGCCUUCCCAAACGGUCCAUUCACAAGGCCACACCCCGCAAUAUGGCGAAUAGUGUUUGGUUUGAGUGUGCUCUACUUCCUGUUCCUGGUCUUCAUUAUCUUCCUAAACUGGGAGCAGGUGAAAGGGCUCAUGUACUGGCUGGAUCCAAACCUGCGCUACGCCAAACGGGAGGCAGACAUUAUGGAGUAUGCUGUGAAUUGUCACGUGAUCACGUGGGAGCGAAUCCUGAGCCACUUCGAUAUCUUCGCGUUCAGUCAUUUCUGGGGUUGGGGCAUGAAGGCCCUUCUGAUUCGCAGCUACGGUCUCUGCUGGACCAUUAGCAUCACGUGGGAGCUCACUGAGCUCUUUUUCAUGCACCUUCUGCCCAACUUCGCGGAGUGCUGGUGGGAUCAGGUGAUCCUGGACAUCCUGCUCUGUAACGGUGGAGGGAUCUGGCUCGGCAUGACCGUGUGCCGCUUCCUGGAGAUGCGAACGUACCACUGGGCCAGCAUCAAGGACAUCCACACCACCACGGGGAAGAUCAAGCGUGCCGCACUGCAGUUCACCCCUGCCAGUUGGACCUAUGUGCACUGGUUCGACCCCAAAUCCUCCUUUCAGAGGGUUGCUGGAGUUUACCUGUUCAUGAUCAUCUGGCAGUUGACUGAGCUGAACACCUUCUUCCUGAAGCACAUCUUUGUUUUCCCAGCAUGCCACGCUCUGAGCUGGGGCCGCAUCCUCUUCAUCGGCGUCAUCACUGCCCCCACUGUGAGGCAGUACUACGCCUAUCUCACCGAUACGCAGUGUAAACGAGUCGGGACACAGUGCUGGGUAUUUGGAGCCAUCGCUUUUCUCGAGGCUUUAGCAUGUGUUAAAUUCGGACAGGACUUGUUCUCCAAGACUCAGAUCCUCUACGUCUUGCUGUGGCUCCUGUGUGUGGCCUUCAUCACGUUUCUGUGCCUGUAUGGGAUGGUGUGGUACGCAGAGACUUACGGGCCCAGAGAGAAGAGUUUGUCAGAGUGUGAGGACAGUGUUUACCCCGAGCCUGGGGACAACGUGUUUAUAAAAGGUCCGGACAUUGGGACAUCUCCGACCACCAGGCGGAGAGGUAAAGGUUCUGCUAACAACAAACCCAUCAACGGAGUGGAGAAAUAGAGAACUUUUCCACACUCUAGCUCCUGCAGGAACCGAGGAAGGAUGAAGAGAAGAAGGAGGAGAGAUAGCCAACCUUUUGCACAAACAGCGUUCCAGGUGUGGGAGUGAACAUCAGGACGAGACGGAGGUGUCUUAGGUCCAGCGGUUUUGAACCACCAGGUGGUGCUACAGACGUGACGAGGUGAAAGACGGCACAGAGGUUCACGUUCAUGUCCACUGAAGAAACUUUUAGACUUUAUUUUUCCCAAUGCAGUAUUGUCUCUGUGUCUCCCCGCGUUAUGGAGAAGCGUGUAGCUGAUACACAUUUCCAUUCUAACAAUUUAUCACAAAAAAACAUUCA